UCAAGGAUUAAGUAGUCGUACCAAGGAGCUUUACUUUGAUUGGAGAACAAUUGCACCUACGAUAGUCCUUUAACCCUGCUUCCUUUUACAUGAUAUUUUUGGGCUUUACGAAUUAGACUAAUAAGCUAUGUAUAUGUAUUCCAAACAAGAGACCCCUUCAGAUGUCACUUUACUUGUCCAUCACGCGGUCGCCGUCCAGUGAGUGGUUUCGCCUUGAACAAUGCGUUCAAAUAACUAGCGCCAUCUGCCUCUGCUAGCAUAACAUCUCUGGCCAGGGCCUCUCGACACAUCUGCUAGGCACAAGAAACGAAGUUGCAUCGGACAACCAUUGGGAAAUCAAAUCAAAAAUGUUUUACCAAGACCCCAUGCUGUAUUACCAUCCACAACAACCGCGGUUCACCUUUGCUUCGCACAACUCAAUCCUUCCUAGGACACCGUCGCAUCAUCCAGCAAAUCGCUCACCAUUCCUGAUUGAGAACCUACUAAAUAUUCCUCGACCUUCAUGCAUGAUUCCACCAAGACAAGAGGUCUUCCAAGAAUCAGUCCCACCUACUGGCAGUGGCUCGGACUCGCUAACAUUCAGUAUGCGUUCUAUACUAUCAAGUCGCAACGAGCCGCCAGUCUUUCAAGACCCUAGUGCAGAGGUCAUUAGACGACUACCCGUGUACUUUCGCGUCAAGCCAACUCUGCGAACACCAAGUGGACGUCGUUGUCGUAAAUCUCGUACAGUAUUCACUGAUUUACAGCUUCGUGUCUUAGAGAAAACAUUCUUUGAACAGAAGUACUUAGACACGUCGAGCCGAGGAAAACUUGCGCAGACUCUUGGUCUAAACGAGACACAAGUCAAAACGUGGUUCCAAAAUCGACGAAUGAAAUGGAAGAAAGAAACUGGGAAAGACGAAAUAAAUGAAAAAGACAAUGACAAUGACGAACAAAAACGUAAAGAAACGAGCAAACAAGACAUUGAAAAAGGUGCGAACAUUUCAUGAGGACAUUUCGUUAAGUAAAAGUACCAGAAUGGUACACUCAAACUGAAUUAUGCUAACGAGAGAUAUUUUUCCGAUUAAGUCCAAAGCUCACUACAACUUGCUUGGGAUGAACAUGAAAUCUUAUAUUCUUUCCGGAACAUAAAAUUUCUUCAAUGUCAGGACAGUCCCAAGUAAAAUCCCAUUUCAUUGGGUUGUUAAUAUGAAAAAGACACUUGUUCAUAAAAGAACAAAACACAAUAGGGAAAUUAUGGACAUUUGGAUGAGUUUUCCGGUCUGUGCUCACUGCAUGUCACAAUAAAAAGGUUUGAAUAAGCACUUUGCUGACAAUAUUGAUUUCGCCAGUCAUUAUGUGACCGUUUUCAGUAUUUCUGUUUUCAUGCAUUGAGCUGAGUUGAGUAAUAACGUUGGUGAAGUAAUCGAGAGCUCCUUCGAUAAAUCGAUGGAAACCACAAACAAAAACGAUGUGAAAAACGUCAAGGUACAUUGAUCGUUUUAAUUCCAGUAAGCAAAAUCUUCCUUUCGUUUCGCUUCAAUAAUUGUCAAGCCAACCCCACACCUACAUUAACAAACUGAAAACGCGCUGAUAUAAAGGUCUAUAUAUAUAUAAUAAUAAUGACUAAAAGCUUGAAAAAAGGCUAAAGUUCACAUGAAAAACGCCAAUUUAGUCAACUUUUAAAAUGUGGUUAGAGGAUAAUAUUUAAUAUCUUUUUGUUUUGAAUAAAAUUCAUUCAUUAAUUGUC